GUCAAUUUGUCAUCGAAAAGACUAGAGUUGUCACCACUAAGUACUAUGAUUUAAGGUCGUCAGAAAAACAAAAACACGCUAGAACUAAAUAUUUACAGUUUAUUCUUUUGAAUAAGUUUGCUAAUUAUUAUUUAUUACGAUUAUUAGUGUAAAAAAGAUUAUAUUUGUUAAAUAUGGUAGGCCUUAACAUGAAUGGGCCAGCGAGAGAUCGCGUUAUGAAAUUGAUACAAGAAAGAGAUAGGAUUGAAAGCGAAAUUCGCAAUGAGAACGCAGUUUUGGCUGCAAAUAAUGUUGGAAUGGAGGAUCCUCUGGUAGAUGCUGACGGUUUUCCUCGAAACGACAUCGAUGUAUACAAAGUUAGACACGCAAGACACAAAAUUAUUUGCUUACAAAAUGAUCACAAAAAUAUAAUGAAGCAAAUAGAGCAAGGUCUCGUUGAGGUCCACUCUCAGUUCAAAUCCACCAGUAAUGGUGCAACUAGCUUGGGACAGAACACUUCCUAUACUAAUGGGCAGUCUAGUACACACUCUGUCAGUAACGGACACAACACUAACAAUGAAGAUUGUUUUGCAAAAGUGGGUUUCGUUCAAGAAGGUUCUCCUGCUGAUUUAGGGGGCCUAUGUGAAAACGACAAAAUAAUCCAGUUCGGUUCGAUCAACGCCAGCAACUUCACAGACGUAACUCAGUUACAUAACAUAGUGAGACACUCAGUCGGUCAGCAGAUUCAAGUACGAGUUAAAAGAGACAGACACGUACAGAACUUUACAGUUGUUCCUCGACCUUGGGCACAACCGGGACUCCUAGGCUGUCAGAUUAUAAGGCUAAAUCCUUUAUAAUUGUCAUUUCUUUCAUUGUAAAAGCAAAACUUAUAUGCAGAAUAUUGUCAAGCCUAUGGCAUUACAAGGUUUUUGCAUGUCAUGGCUUUAAUCGGUUUUCUUCACAUACUAAUAUUAAAAAUAGUAAUUAACGCUAUUUUGUAAUAAAAUAUUAUUAUAUAUAAUCAACUAGAGGUCCCUUAUGUUUCCCAAGUUGAUAUAAAUGGCUACAAUUGUGGUGGCUGUAUCUUAACAUGGUGUUUGAAAUCCUGUGUAUUUAGUGUAUAUGACUAUAAUUAAUAUAGUUAUUAUUGAAA